AUGAAGGAGGAUUCUCUCUUACAAUCCUUAGCUUCCCCAAGCAGUCUAGAUCAGGAAAAGAAGAAAAAGACUACUGCAGUUGCUAGCCACUCUCAAUUUAUGGAUCAUCCUCAGAAGGAGAUGGAGGUGGAAAUCAUUACACCACUUGAUGUUGAACCUAUCACAGGGGAACCAGUUAAGGAUAUGGGAGGGAUUAUUGUUGGCAGCUCUAAAUCAGGCAGACUUAAGAGGCAAAAUUCUCCUGACAUUUCUCCUAUCUAUCCCAUAGGUGGUAAAAGAUCAAGGGUACAUCCACCAGAUUUUGAGCAAGAAGAUAAGGAGCAAAUUAUAGAAAGUGCAGCCAGUACGAGAUUGAAGCAAGUCCAGGAACAGUUGGGGGUGGCCAACUUAGAAUGGCACCCAAGGGAUAAAUGCUAG